ACUCUAUUUGUUAGCUUUAAGUUCCCUUGCGUAAAGGAUUUUUCAUGCUGGACAAAAAAAAAAAACGGCUUCAGGGAUUACUAUGACAACAAACGUGAUCAUUCAGCAGUCUCAGCCACGAUCGACCUCCGCGCACUCAGACCAAUGGAGCACAGGGAUUUUCGACUGCCUGGAUGACAUGUCUGUCUGUUGCGCAGCUUACUGGUGUUUUCCCUGCUUCGCCUGCAAAACAGCUGCAGACUUUGGGGAGUGUUUAUGUCUCCCUCUUGUGGACAUCAUGAACAUUUCCCUUCAGAUGUCAGGCAUUCCCUGCGUUCCCCCUGUCUCUCUGGCCCUGAGAGUUGGGGUGCGAAAUCGAUUCGGCAUCCGGGGGGACAUCUGCUCUGACUGCGUGUACGUGACCUUUUGUAAUAUGUGUUCCUGGUGCCAAAUGGCCCGUGAGAUGAAGAUACGACAACAGCCAGUCACCAUAAUUAAUUCCAACCCCACUGUGGUCUCAGCCCAACCCAACAUGAUCUCAGCCACAAGCAUGGAGUUCUCACCCCACCUCGCUGUUGUUAAUACUUAGCCAGCUGUUCUCACUUCACGAUAGUGACUUUGGCACAUCCACCAAUCACAGAGAGUGUCUGUGGGUGAUGCUUCAAGCGAUACAAUUACUCCCCAUAUCAACACUGGGUGAAACAUAAAUUUUAUUGUAAUUCAGUGCUGGCUGGUGCAUUUUGGCAAAAAAUGUAAUUAUAUGUAUAAUGACAAUAAAGUUUGAUUGUUAAGAUGUGUCCCUUGGCCCAACUUGGUUGUUACUGUAGGCAUAAAAUGAUAUAUAUUGUAGUACUAGUGGGGCACAUGUUAGCCCUUGUUGUGUUGUUGUUAAUGUUAAUGGUUACAUUUUCCUAUUGUCAUGCGUGUGCUUGCCCAUGUCUCAUGUGUAACCUGUCCAAUCCUUGCGUAUAUCCAUUUUGUGUAAAUCGCCUACCGUCUGUGCAUCUUACAGUUCAGCAUCUGACAAUCUUUUAUUUCCAGUGUUGGUUUGGUGCUUGUUGGGUGCCUGAUGUAGACAUUUUAAUGACUGCAAAU